AUGGGCUCAUUACGGACAUUCAUAAAGGACGUCAGAUCGGCGAAGACGCUGGCGGACGAGCGGUCCAUCAUUACCAAAGAAUCGGCCAAGAUUCGGACGAAACUAAAGGAUGACCACCUAUCGCUUUCGAAACGGCGCAAGAAUAUCCACAAGCUGCUGUAUCUGUAUGUGCUCGGGGAGAAGACGCACUUUGCGCAGGUGGAGUGCAUCAACCUGAUUGCGUCGGACGACUUUGAAAACAAGCGUUUGGGGUAUCUAGCCGCGAUGCUACUGCUCGACGAGAAGCAGGAGCUGCUAACACUGCUGACCAACGUUUUGAAUAGCGAUCUGUGCCACCCCACUAAAUACGUGGUGUCUCUGGCGUUGUGCGCACUGGGCACGUUAGCGUCAGUGGAGCUAGCACGGGACCUGCACCCCGACGUGGAGCGGAUUCUACAGACAUCUCAGGAUCCGUAUCUAUUUAAAAAGGCACUGCAGUGUGCGGCUAAGAUGGUUGCCCGCGAUUCGUUCCUCGCGAGUAUUUUCUACCCUUAUGUUCGGCGGGCGCUUUCACACGAACUCUCUACGCAUGGUGUCUUGUUUGGCGCACUCCAGCUAUUGCAGUCGAUCAUGGCUGUAGAGGACCUGAGCGAUAUCGAUGACCAAAAUAAAAUUGUUGAUGCGGUUGCCGGCGCCGUACCAGAUCUGUUAUCCAAACUGCAGUUGUUGAAUACUCCGUCGUUCACGCCAGAAUACGACGCUGUCGGGGUAGCUGAUCCAUUUUUGCAAGUGGAGCUCCUGUACACGCUUCGUCGUAUCUUUGAAAAGGUUCCGGAUAAUGUGAGCAGGUAUUCUGGGAAGCUUGUUUCUGUCUUGUCCAGUCUUUGCUCCCACGCUGAACAAUCCAAGAAUGGUACGAAUGCAAUAUUAUAUGAGGCCGUCCGUACGAUUUUUGCGCUGAAGCUCGAGCAUAAACUGCGUAUCCAGGCGAUUGACAUUCUGGCUAUCUUUUUGACCAGUAAGGACAUCAACAACAAAUAUGUUGCUUUGAAUAUGCUAACUCAAGUAGUGUCGACUGAGCCACAAGCUGUACAAACCCGUCGGAAAUUUAUUUCAAAGUGCCUAUUCGAUCCUGAUGCAUCUAUUAGAAGAAGAGCAUUAGAACUGACGUUCGCAAUCAUUGAGGACUCGAACAUGAAAGAUACAGUGGAAGAACUUGUGGCAUUCCUGACUUCAUCUGAUGGGGAAGAUCGUGAUCUAAUAGUGUACACAGUUGAGCACUUACUGAAUAUUUUUGGAAUGCGUGAGGUUGCUGACGAGAGGUGGAAACUCACCGUCCUUAUCCGUAUCUUGAAAGUUAUAGGUCAGCACAUGACAGUCGAAAUCAUCAGUGAGAUCUUGGUGAUGUUGAACAACAUAUCAGAUGUGGCCACUAAGAAGGAGAUUGGCUUACAACUUGUGCAGUUUUCACUCGAUAAGGAACAAAACAAUAUCUCUGAAGAUAAUAUUGGAUGGAAGCUGAUUAUUGUUUGGGUUAUUGGAGAGUAUGCAGAGCUAAUGCUCGGUGAGCCUGGUGUCACCGAUAUAAGCUUGACUAACUAUUUGAGCAGCCUGAACAGUUUUUACUCAGACGAUCACAAACUGAUAGGUUAUAUUUUGACGGCUGCCUUGAAGCUAUCUUUGAAAAUACAUGAUCCUGCGUGUUUCGAGAGGCUUCGUCAGUUGAUUAAGUCUCACGAUCGUGAUACGGACCUGAUUUUACAAACAAAAGCCGUUCAUUAUGGGAUUCUAUUUAGCCAGCCGGCUAACAUCAAGAAGGCGUUCCUUGAGCCAAUGCCUCUGAUCGUAACUACAAUACGUAACAGCGGGCCCUCUGCUACGAACGCGACCAGAAAGCCAUCGCUGCCUGAUCCGAUUGGAGACUUACUCAGUGAUAUUCCUCAAACACAAUCGCUGCCAGCUGUUGCUGUGAAGAGCGUCAAUACCAAGCAAGGUGAUCUGCUCACAGAUAUCUUUAAGAGCAGCUCACCACCACCUGUACAAAAGGUACCCACACCCACGGCUACAGUUACUGUUCCUGCAGGAGCUACCGAGAUGCACCAUUCUAACCUCGUGCAAGUAUUUGGUUCCGUCGUAUCUUCUGCCAAUGGCAAAGCCGAGGUAGAACUUUUCUUCAAGGCAAAGUCGAGAAUCACUCAACUGCACGUCCUUGUUGCUGUCGCCAAGACGCAACAGCUAACACUGGGCGCGCUUACAAAUACCAACAUGAACCCUGGUGAUAUCACGUGCCAGUCGUUACAAGUGGUUGGGACCGGCGCUCUGAAACUGCGCGUCAAAUUGGAAGCCAGUGGCGGCGUGACGGAGCAAUUUGAUCACAAGUUUAACGCUAUCUUAUGA